CCUAUAUAGUCUCCUCCUACACACCAAACGAGCGAACACCACGUUAUCACUUCUCCUUCAGGGUCCUCUUCCUCUUCCUUUUGACAAUUCAACGUGCCUGCCUGCCUUGUGUCACGGAUCAACUUCUACGCCCUAUUUAACCUAAUUCUUCCAACAUACUCCAUAUAUAAUUUCCCCAUAAAUAAAAUUCUAAUCGAUCAGAUUCACAAGUCAGAGCCAUCCCCUAAAUCCAACAGGUCUUUGUGGUUUCGACGUAAUAGUCUGAGAUGAGUCAAAAAGGCUUGAUUUAUAGCUUCGUUGCAAAAGGAACCAUUGUUCUUGCUGAGCACACUCCAUAUUCUGGGAACUUCAGUACCAUUGCUGUGCAAUGCUUGCAGAAGCUCCCUUCAAAUAGCAGCAAGUACACAUACUCGUGCGAUGGGCACACAUUCAACUUUCUCAUUGACACCGGAUUUGUUUUUCUUGUUGUGGCGGAUGAAUCCGUUGGGAGGAGCGUGCCUUUUGUGUUUCUUGAGAGAGUGAAGGAUGACUUCAAGCAGCGUUAUGGUGCGAGUAUAAGAACUGAUGAUCCACAUCCGCUUGCGGAUGAUGAAGAUGAAGAUGAUGAUUUAUUUGAAGACCGAUUUAGUAUUGCGUAUAAUCUUGACAGAGAAUUUGGGCCAAGGAUUAAAGAGCACAUGCAGUACUGUAUGAACCACCCAGACGAGAUAAGUAAGCUGUCGAAACUGAGGACUCAAAUAACAGAGGUCAAAGGGAUAAUGAUGGACAAUAUCGAGAAGGUUUUAGAUCGUGGGGAGAAAAUUGAACUCCUAGUGGAUAAAACAGAAAACCUCCAGUUCCAGGCCGACAGCUUCCAGAGGCAGGGAAGACAACUGCGGCGGAAGAUGUGGCUGCAAAGUCUCCAAAUGAAGCUGAUGGUGGGCGGAGUGAUCCUUGUCGUAAUUGUCAUACUGUGGCUUAUAGCCUGUGGAGGUUUCAAAUGUGGAAGUGGUAAAUAAAACUAGAUGUGGUAUUCGUAGGACCUAAUGUUUCUUGUUUCUUUCACUGCACAGAAAACGACAUGUUUCUGUAUGUGAAUAUUGUUUCUUGACUGUUGAAUCCUUCAACUUGUUAUACCUUGUAAUCAAACCAUACUUUGCCAUGAUUGUUACGUCUGUAUCUUAAUAAUAUGCCGGAUUUAGUCUA